AUGGCCGACGAUCUCGACUCCAUCGUUAAGGGCGCUCCUACGGCCACGGCCACAGCCACAGCCGCCGCCGCCAACACCAACGAUGCCAGCGAUAAUGCCAGCGCAAACGCCAAAGCCGGCACGAGCCCCUUCCCGCCUAUGCUGGGCCUAGGCAAGCCUGGCGAUCCGCUGCAUCACACGCCCAGCUCGCCGUCCAUGAUCUACCUGAAUCUCCUCAUCCUCGAGGCCUCGCUGCGCGCGCAGUUCCUGGAGCUGCGAGCCCGCAAGCGCCACCACACCUUCUUUCUCGCCAUCCUGACGCUCUGGGUCGCAUUCUUCGCUUAUAAGCUGUACUUUGCCCCCCGAGAAGAUGGCCGCGGCGUUGGAGGAUCGAUAUACUGGGCGGUUGAGGGCGCUCAAAAGGUGUGCUUCAUGGGCGGAAUCAUCACAGCCGCCCUUGUCUGGGCCACGGGCAUCUGGGAGCGCGGCAUUCGGUGGCCGCGCCGCUGGUUCGCCAUAUCCAACCGAGGCCUGCGUGGCUUCAACUGCAAGCUCGUCAUCAUUCGACAGACGUGGUGGGCCGAGGCACUGUCGACUAUUGGCUUCUUCCUUACCUAUGGCCUAUUUUCACAUACGGCCAGUUCGUCGUACCGUCUCGUCGAGCCGCAGCUGCUACGCCAGGUCGAGAAGGAGCUUCAACUCACGAGUGAUAACCACCCCACAUUGGUUCUGCCCCCCGAUGACGACGAGUUUGGCGGACAUGAAGAAGAUUUGGCACCCGGCGGCGACUACGUUAAGCUAUUACUAUUACCCAAGCCGUUUUCGCCCACCUUUCGCGAAAACUGGGAGCUAUAUCGUACAGAGUACUGGGAGAGGGAGAACGAACGUCGACGAUUGUUGCGGCAGAAAGUCAAGGAACACUCCAAGAAAGUUGCAAAAGAGCAAUACGGCUGGCUGUGGUGGCUUCCCUGGCACCAGAAUCCACAGCCUCGCGUGCGCCGCGAGCCACAGAAGAUGGUCCAUCACCGGAUAGCGAGCGCUGAACGCAAGCGUAGGGGCAGUAGUGUGCGCCGCUCGUCAGUGAGCUCUUCGAGAAGCCCGACUCCUCAAAUCUUUGAUAGCGACGGUCAAACUCCGCGCAAACAAAGCCCCAUCUCGGAGAAACGCCGAAAGCCAGCAGGGUCAAUAUCCAAAGUCAAGAGACCUGGCGGCGACUCUAGGUCUGUAACGCCCGAUGUGCCCUCACGCCUCUCUAGAGAGAGCAGCGUGACUCUUGACACAGAGACAGACGGCAGCAGUGGAAGGACGCUACGCAGUGCGAGCAAAAGAGCAAGUCCAGUGCCUUUAUCGCCUGAUUAA